AUGGAGUUGAAAGAAGCAAAAUCGAAGCUGACUAUCAAGGAUAUUCCGGCGGAGGAUCGAGUUCGACUGGAACGUGUCUGCAGCGCUUGGCGCGUGGCGGUUCGAAGCCUGUGCUGGAGCGACUUCCGUUGCUUCAUCUACACCAAGAUUCCAUUCUCUUCAGUGCACGUUUCUCGUUAUGGUCGUGACCUGUUCUGCAUCGACAGCAGCGAUCGGGCGUUGUUGCCUUUAUUGGGUCGGUGUGGCAACCGUAUCGUCGCCGUCAAUUUCCUUGGCAGCGGUUCGAGCAACAGUGUGGCAGAGUCCCAGACCCUUUUGGUCAUCUUUCAGCUCUGUCCGAAUCUG